UGACACACUUAGACAAUACGCGGCAUUCAGUUGCUUAAUCAUGUAGACGGUACAACACCCGUGAAAAACACUGUUAAGGACAACAAUUUGCAUUGAUCAUUAAGAAUGGCCCAACAACGCUCCAACAGGUUGCCUGAGGAUGCCGAUGAGGAGGGGAUGUUAUCGCGUGUUCCGUUCGACUCGACGGAAUCGCUCUUCACGGAUCGGACGGCGUAUUCACACCGCAGUAGUGUCGAUCCGCUGGAUUAUGACCAGCCGGCCACACGGCGACAGUUGGCGGCGUUGCGACAGCUGCCGGAAUGCGAGGGUACGGGACGGCAGCGGAUGAUGUGUGAUUCACAGGCUACGUUAUCAGUGGGAGAAUGCCUUGGGAAUGGACAUGAUCGGACACUGUAUGAUGAUCCGCUGGAGCAUAAUAUUCCACACGAAGACGACGAUGAAUGGAAAUCUGACGUCGCACAGCCCAUGGCGGCACUGUAUGCCCUGUUGAUCAUCAUCUCCAAUAUCGCCUUAUCAGUUUCCGCCCAAGCCCGGAAAGACAAUCAUAUUCCAAUAACCUACUCUAAGUGGUUCGAUGCGGCAUUAUACGGCCUGAGCAUCUUAUAUCUCGUCUACGCAAUGAUCUUCCUCUUCCGCGUGAAGAAACUCACAAACGGAAAUGGAGGCUUCUUCUUGUGGAGACCCUUCCGAUUUCUGCGGAAAGGCAUUACCACCUCGGACCACGACUUCUCCGCGUCCCACAACAGCAGCUAUCAAAACUUCCCGCAUCCGGUAGCCCGCACCAAGAGCAGCGUCUACCUGAAAGUAAACGCCAUCAUCUGCGGCAUCGGCGCCAUGAUCUUCUCCUGCCUGGAAUUCGGGGUCUUCAUCAGUAAUCGGCGCUGCUACGAGGUUAUUGUUGGCGUGAUUCCGCUGAUGAAUCUCACGUUUGUGGCGCUACAGACGUACUUUAUCUUCCUUUACUCCAAGCACGUGAUAUACCGCAGUGUCAUUCUGAGUCGGUUCGGGCUGAUGCAUCUGGUGGCGACGGAUAUUACGAUCUGGUUACGGGUGCUGAUUGAUCAGACGCUGUACGAGUUUACCGUGUACCGCUCGCAACAGGAGAAGACACAGAACGGCACGGAGGAGCAUACGGUACCCUUUGGUCAGGUCCACAUGAAUCUUUAUUAUCGAAGUGUGGAUCGGAAAUUCAACGGCAUCGACGGAUUCUCCACACUCUCCUCCCCAGCUUGCCUGCAGUCGGAAUCCGUGCUCGCUGGUGUUCUCGUUAACGCCUCAGUCUUCCUGUACCCCUGUAUCAUCGGUUACGCCGUGAUUUCCGCCGGUAUCAUCUACAUCAUGUACCGCAAUAUCUCUACCACGGAGCGCUCGUCUCCGCCGCGCUACAAACGCCGCUCGUCUGAUGUCGAUCACCAGCACAUCGCGACAUGGCAGCGGCAUCAACUCACCGGGCGGUGGUGCAGCUACUGCAACGUCCUAUCGACAAAAGGUGGUCCGACACAGAGACUGUACUGGCUGGAUUGUGAUCAGGCGGUGGGGGGACUGUUGACCGGAUCGGUGGUGUUUGCGCUGACCAUUGUGUGCUUGAUCCUGUUCUUCGUGUUUAAGAAUCGCAAUCCGGAACUGGCUCUUAUAGCGGCACAAAUCGGCGAAACCAUUUUAUACUGUUUGGGCAUCGGCGCGACGAUUAUCGCCUUCGUGGAAGCCGCCCGGAAACUACCGAAAAAUGUGGGAUGUCGCGUUAGCUGGGAACUGGAUACUGCAAUGCUUUUAAUCUCCGUGGUUGGCGUGUACGCUUUUAGCGUGCUCAGCAUAAUCGGCAGCAACGAUGACGCACCGGGCAUACCCAUCAACACCAUCCUGAUGAUUGUUACGCAGACAUUGGCCAUCGUCCAAGCCACACUGCAGACAAUCUACAUAUUUGAGGUGUCGCAUCGUUCAAUAGCGCAUACACCGGUUUCGCUCAGUCAUGGCGCUCUAGAUCACAUGGAUGCUAGCCGACGUGUGGGGAAAAUCCAGAAGCCUGGAAGGAACGCCUUGACUUUUCUGAUUGUGAUCAAUAUUUCCUUUUGGAAUAUGAACAUUUUCAAGACAUUGCGGAGCGAAGCUAGUCCACUACAGAGAGAUUUCUUUGGAGUUUACGAGUGGACGAUUAUCACGCACGUGACGGUGCCCUUGACUUUGCUAUACAGGUUUCAUUCCGCAGCGGGGCUGUUUGAAAUCUGGAAACAUGCUUAUAAAAUUAAGCAUCCGGUCGGCGGAGCUGGAGCACCGGUUCCUGCGAUUUCGGCACACCCCAGCGCCACCAGUAUAGCCGGACCCAGUACGACAGAAACACUGAAUCAAGAUGGUAGUCAGUCAUCGUCCGUACUGGGAACUGCACAACGGAAAGGCAGGCAUCCACCCGAUGCCCGGUUUCCGGCGCUGGAUUUGGACUAUUCUAGCAACUGGCAGCGAAUAGGCAACGAUCAUUCGUCUUCCCGGUUAUAGAACUUGUUUUUAGUUUACAGUUGUAAAAAUGCUCUGUACAAAUAGAUUACUUUUAGUUCACAAUUACCAUCAAGGCUAAUUGUGCUUUCGACAGCUUGUAAUUAGAAUUGUAUGGCUCCUCCCAUCCUACUGUAAUCAUGCAGAU